CCUUCCGCUACAAUCGACUCAAUCACCAUCACCAACGCCAUGAGCAGCACCGCCGACGCCAAGAGCAACGGCAACGGCACCCCUGCCGAAGAGGUCCGCGAAGAGAUCAAGGCUCGCUUUGCGCCUGAUGUCCUCGCCCCGGACACCCGCGCCAAGGUGGCCUCAUCCUACUCGACGUCGCAACCAUACCGCCAUGCCGUCGUCGACGGCCUCAUCAACGACGAGCUCCUCCAGAAGGCGCGAACAGAGAUCAUCGAAGAGCUGCGCUUCGCGGACAAAGAGACGGAUAUCUACAAGGUCAAUCAAACGGGCGACCUGGCCAACCUCGACGGGCUUGAGGCACCAGAAGCGGCGCGCCUCACCAGCCUCCUCAAGGUGCGCGAUGCCAUGUACUCGCCAGAGUUCCGUCGAUGGCUCCAGGAUGUCACGGGUUGCGGACCACUGAGCGCAAAGAAGAAGGAUAUGAGCAUCAACGACUACCGCUCGGGAUGUCACCUCCUCAACCACGACGAUGUCAUUGCGACUCGUCGAGUCUCUUACAUCCUUUACCUGCCAGACCCUGCUCACCCUUGGCAGCCCGAGUGGGGAGGUGCACUCGAGCUCUACCCUGUCAAGCCGGCAAAGUCCGAGGGUGAGCCAAGAGAACCAGAGACGGUCCCAUCUGUCUCGAUCCCGCCCAAGUGGAACCAGUAUACCUUCUUCGCCGUGCAGCCUGGACACUCCUUCCACUCGGUCGAGGAGGUGUGCCACCCCACGGCUUCCCGUUUGAGCAUCUCUGGAUGGUUCCAUCGCCCGCAGAGUGAUGAGCCUGGUUUCGAUCAGGCGGACGAGGAUCGCGAGGAGGCAGAGCGCAAGGAACAUGCCAGCGCCGCGGGAUUGGGAGCCAAGAGGGCUGCUGCUUCCUUUACGCCUUACCCGGAAGGGCUGGACCCGCCUCUGCCUGGCUCGCAAAUGACGCAGGACGAUGUCGACUUCCUCAAGCCCUUCUUGAACCCGUCCUACCUCGCCCCCAAGACGCAGGCUCAACUUUUUGAGAAGUUUGGCGACGAAUCCCACAUCUUGCUCAGCGACAUCUUCAACUCAAAAGUAGCGGCAGCGAUGGAGAAGGGCCUGAAGGCGCUGGACGAUGAAGCUGGUUUCAGGUGGUGGCAGCGCGGCAAAGGUGAAGAGGGCAUCGUAAUCCCUUCACAAGAUGCGGGCGUCUCAAAGGACUGGGAGCUCAUUGGCCCGCCGCAUAGGCAGCGCUAUGUCUCCCUCAGAGCGUCGCAGAAGCCUCGGCUCCCCAGCGCAGCCAACCCAACACUGCCCAACACCAUCCCCUACGAGGAGCCGCUCGAGCUCCUCGACCUUCUCCGAACGACAGUGCUGCCCAGUCCCGCCUUCAGGCACUUCCUAGCAAACAUCUCCCAGCUCGUACCACUGGCGCAUCGACCCUUUGAGGCUCGUCGCUUUAGGCCUGGACUGGACUACACGCUCGCACGCGCAGACGAGGAGACGGUCCUCGACGUCACUUUCGGCCUCACACCGGACGUAGGACGUAUUGCGUUGGACGCUGCCGGCGGGCCGGCGGGGCCGACUGGGUUGGCUGCGGGCAAGAAGAGGAAGACUGCUGCUGCAGCCGUUUCAGCGAAGAAGGCUGGCUCAUCGCAAUUGAGCAAGAAGCAGGCAAAGGAUGUCGCGGGGAAGUGGAUGAGCGGCGAGGCUGGAGGAUGGGCAUGCUAUAUGGCUCCAGAUGAUGAAGACGAGGGAGCUACAGGGGAGGUGUAUAGGCAAGGUGGGUCUGGCGCCAAGAAUGGCGAUCCCAGCGGAGAGAAGAAGGAGGAGGGCAACGCAGCAGAGUCCAAGGAUGGCCAGAAAGCCGAGGAUGAGGAGGGCGAAGACGAGGAAAUGGAAGAGCUCGACGAUGAUGACGCCGAUUCAGACUUUGACGGCGUCCUUCUCAACCUCACGCCGUCCUUCAACACCCUCUCCGUCGCCUUGAGAGACGAGGGCGUGCUGCACUUUAUCAAAUACCUCAAUGCGAGCGCAGGAGGGAGCAGAUGGGACCUCAUUGGGGAGUAUACCGUGGGAGCUGUUGAGGAGGAGGAUGAAGAGGAUGGAGAGGAGGAUCAGAAGAUGAAGGCGUGAUGCCGUGUGAUUGUCGAUGUGAAUGGCACGAUGUGUAAUGUUACAUAGAUUUCUUCUCUCUUUCCGCACCUUCCGUCAUCUCACACUCAAUGGUGGCUCAACACCUGGCACUUUCCCCCACUCGA